UAUUGUUUUGUGUGGUUUUUUUAAUGAGUUGACGAUGGCCAAGUACUGGGGCAAAGUACUCGUUAUCCAUAUACAGCUCAGCCACCAGCUCCUGAGUUAUCAGAUUGUGAACUGUUCUAGCAGAAAGAUCAAAAGCUCUCAGCACUAUUUUUAUUUUGGCGCAUUAUUGGGGCGGGGGGGGACGAAUCUUUUUCUUCAUACUAUCAGAGACUGGGAGCUUUUUCUUGUAUGGUUUUGUUGCUAGUUUUAGACUUACUUCCCUUUUCCUUGCAGCUAAGAGAUGAGGAAAGCGGCUACAACAAAAAUCUGUUUUGCGUUCCUAAGCAUUACGAAGAAGAUUUAGAAAGAGUCUUCGUUCCUCAUGGACUCAUCCUGGACAGGACAGAACAUUUGGCUAGAGAUAUCAUGCAAGACAUGAGAAGUCAUCACCUUGUUGCACUCUGUGUCCUUAAAGGAGGCUAUAAUAUCUUUGCUGAUCUGCUGGACCAUAUAAAAGCACUAAAUCAAAAUGGUGGUAAAUCUCUGCCUGUUACCAUGGAUUUUGUCAGAAUAAAGAGCUACUGUAAUGGUUCACCUGCAGAAAAAAUCAAUUUUGUUGGACAGGAUCUGUCUACACCAAAUGGGAAGAAUGUGUUAGUAGUAGAGGACAUUAUUGAGACUGGUGAAACAAUGAAAGCACUGCUGUCAAAAAUAAAAGACAAGAGACCAAGGAUGGUAAAAGUUGCAAGGUACAUGGAUAUAGCCACUAACUAACAUAUUCAAAUCAUUUGGGUGAAUAGUCAGUGUGUGCUGACAGGUGCUUUUUUGGCUUGAAGGUUGGGGGGAGGAGGCAAAUGCA